AUGCCGAAUUCAAUAUUAGUGCCAAAUAGUUCAUUCACCUCAUCCACUUCUUCCGGAUCCGAAAUUGAUUAUAUGCAAAAUAUCAAAGCAAUGCUGGAGAAAUCAUCAUCACAGAUAUCACGUAAUGGUAAUUCACAAUUACAACGUCUGAUAAAUAAUAUUGACAAUCCGGAAAAGACAAAACCGAUGAAAGCGGUAUCGCUGGGUGAAUUAAAUACCGUUGAUUUACAUUUUAUUAUUGUUGCUAUCUUAGAAAGGCGAAUAAUUACCUGUGAGGAACAAAAUGAUGCAUUAAAGAAAUCAUUAAAAAAAGCAUUACGAAAAAUUGCUAAACUGGAAGAUUUAAUCGGAAAUACGGAAGAGCCAAAAGAAAAUCUGAAAAUGUUGGCACAUUCAAAAUCAACCACAUCUUAA